AUGGCUGUGGCGUCCUACACAUCAACCAGACGUCCCCCUCCCGACCCCCCGGGGCGGUGGGGGGGAGGGCGCUGGCGGGAUGCGAUUUUCGGAGACGGCGACAAGAUCUACGCCCUCAAGUGGUACCUCGGCCUCGACGAGUUCUACCGGUGGACGCCCGCGGAGACGCCGCCCGUAAACCUUCAGCUGAGCCAAACCCCCGGGCGGGGACGUCGCCCGCCCCCGGGGCCGCGUCCGCAUCCGGGGCGUGACGCUCGGGCCGCCGGCGUUUUUCCGCUGCGAGGUGUCCGCGGAGCGCCGCCCUUCCACCCGACGCAGGUCGCCAACAUGGUCCGUCGUCGAAACCCAUGUUCUUACCCCCCCCUCCCUGCCUCCCCCCCCCCAGACCUCCCCGACGGAAAGCCCAUCAUCACGGGCGUCCAGGAAAGUUACCAGAUGCACGAUAACGUUAAUCUCAACUGCACUUCAUUCCACUCGCAACCGGCGGCUGAACUCACCUUUUACAUCAACGGCGGACAGGCUGAUCCCUCAUGGCUCGUACGCUACACACCUCACGAAGACCCGACUACAGGCCUCGAAACGUCCAUGUUGGGUCUGAAGUUCCCCCUCUGGCCGAGACUCUUCCGAAGGGGCAGCACUGUCACCGUCAAGUGCACGGCGUCCAUUCUCAAUAUGUACUUCGACAGCAGCGAGGCCGUCAUUCAGAGUGAUAUGCCUUACCACGCCUCCAUCAUGGAAGGGCGUGCGGCUGCUGCUACGGACUCUAUAUACACGAGGAGCAAAGUCCUGAGUGUGGUGGCCUCAAGUCUCCUUCUAGCGAUUCUCCACUAGCACUGAGGGACGUGAGUGCAAAAGGGAAAGUGAUGGAAACAAAGAGAGAAAUGAAAAAAAAA